AUGGUUAAGAAGGCCUUUCUUUUUUUGUUCGUGUCGAUCUUUUCUUUCUUUUUUCUGAACACUUUUUUCUGGUCUUUUUCUUUCUUUCAUUCUUUCUUUAUUUGUCUUAUUGACUUUCUUUUAUUUCAUCAUUUAUUUCUUUCAAACUUUUCUUUCUUUUCUUUCUAUCAUGACUUUUGUUUCAUUUUUUUCACCAUUUUAUUUCUUUCUUUCCUUCUUCUUCCUUUUGGUUCGAAUUCGAAUCUUUGCUUUAUUUCUGUACACUGCUUUCAUUUUUUUUACCAGAGCUCAUUUGCAAUUUUUUUUGUUUUGUUUUCUUUACUAACCCGAUUUGUCCCUUUACUUUCUUUCUUUCUUUCUUUCUUUCUUUCUUUCUUUCUUUCUUUCUUUCUUUCCAAUCAUAUUCUUUUCUUUUUUAUUUCCAUAAAAAUUUUAGACAGUGUUCUUUUUCUUUUUCUUUUUUCCUCUUUUUUUCAUUCGAUUUUUUCUUUAUAUUUCUCCUAUUUUUUUUCAUUUCAUUUUUAUCGUUUUCCGUCUCAGUAUUUACCAAAAACAAUCACUUUUCAAUACACUAUUAGUAAACGUAUUGCCAAUGUAAUUAUCUUUCUUUCUUUCUUUCUUUCUUUCACAUUUUCUCCAUCCCUUUCUCAAAAUCUUCUACACCCGCAAAGCUAA